AUGGAUUCCUGGUCGGAUUCAGAUCUGUAUGAAUUAAUCGGUGUGGAAAGAACAGCUUCCACUCAAGAGGUAUAUAUAUUUCUUUACACGUUAUUAACCUAUAUAUAUAUAUAUAUAUAUCCUUUUGUAUCUUUGCAAAACGUUCGUACAGAUACGAGACAGAAGCGUGAUGAUAGAAAAUUUUUUGAAUUAAAGUUCAUCGGAUAUUGUGAUUUUUCGUUUAACCUGUUACGUCAUUUCAGAUUAAGAAAGGAUAUCGCAAGAAAGCUCUGUAUUGUCAUCCUGACAAAAAUCCAAACAAUCCAAAAGCAACCGAGUUGUUUCAUAAGCUGUCGCGAGCAUUGGAAAUUCUCACUGACACGUCUGCUCGGGCAGCUUAUGACAAAGUUGUUAACGCCAAGUACCAAGCAAAAUUACGCGCUAAAGAAUUUGAUUCGAAACGUAGAAAAUUGAAGGAAGAUUUGGAAGCACGAGAAAAUGCUUACAAAGAGUCUUUGAACAAGGAUUCUAGCUUUAAAAGUGACAAAGACAAAUUACAGGCUGAAAUAGAACGAUUGCAAAAAGAAGGAUCCAGACAACUGCAAGAAGAAAUAGCACUUAUGAAAAAACGCUUUGAAAAGCAAUCAAACGUAUCUUGCGGAGAAUCAGAAAUUAACAGCGAUUGUUACAGAUUAAAAGUGAAAUGGAACUCUCGUAAAAGUCAGACUAGCAACGACGAAUACGAUUACGAUACGUUGCAUCAUAUUUUCUCAAAGGAAAUGGCACUAAAUUGCGAAGUUGGUUUAGCACAGAAUCCGCUCAAGCUUCAGAAAUUGUGGAACGAAGAGAAAAAGUCAAACAUUUGUACCACGGGAACUGUUUGCAAUGAUAUUACUUGCACAAAGCAUACGGUGAAUCAAACCACGUUGGAUAUCGAACAAUUUGAACACUCUGUGCUGAGUAAUUUAAAAAAAGCCGAAGAAAGAAAAAGAUGUUCGGGAAAGAUGAAAGACGUAACGGAAAGCACUUGA